AUGCCGCGGGCCGCGGCGCCCCUGUACGCCUGCCUCCUCGCGCUCUGCGCCCUGGUGCCCCGGCUCCCAGGUCUCAAUGAAUGCACUCGCGGAAGUGCCACCUCUUGUGAAGAAUGCCUGCUAAUCCACCCCAAAUGUGCCUGGUGCUCCAAAGAGAACUUCGGCAGCCUGCGGACGGUCACCUCCCGGUGCGACCUGAAGGCAAACCUGGUCAGAAACGGCUGCGAAGGGGAGUUUGAGAGCCCGGCCAGCGUCACCCAGGUUCUGCGGAGCCUGCCUCUCAGCAGCAAGGGCUCCAGCUACGCGGGCUCAGACGUCAUUCAGAUGACGCCCCAGGAGAUCGCCGUGAACCUGCGGCCUGGUGACAAGACUACCUUCCAGCUGCAGGUGCGGCAGGUGGAGGACUAUCCUGUGGACUUGUACUACCUGAUGGACCUCUCCCUGUCCAUGAAGGAUGAUUUGGACAACAUCCGGACCCUGGGCACCAAGCUCGCUGAGGAGAUGAGGAAGCUCACCAGCAACUUCCGCCUGGGGUUCGGGUCUUUUGUGGACAAAAGCAUCUCUCCUUUCUCCUACACAGCGCCGAGGUACCAGACCAACCCAUGCAUCGGCUACAAGUUAUUCCCAAACUGCGUCCCUUCCUUUGGGUUCCGCCACCUGCUGCCUCUCACGGACAGAGUGGACAGCUUCAACGAGGAAGUUCGGAAACAGAGGGUGUCCCGGAAUCGCGACGCCCCCGAGGGCGGCUUCGACGCCAUACUCCAGGCCGCGGUCUGCAAGGAGAAGAUCGGCUGGCGGAAGGACGCCCUGCACCUGCUGGUCUUCACCACGGACGACGUGCCCCACAUCGCCCUGGACGGGAAACUGGGGGGCCUGGUGCAGCCACACGAUGGCCAGUGCCACCUGAACGAGGCCAAUGAGUACUCUGCAUCCAACCAGAUGGACUACCCAUCCCUCGCCUUGCUGGGAGAGAAGUUGGCGGAGAACAACAUCAACCUCAUCUUCGCAGUGACGAAAAACCACUAUGGGCUCUAUAAGAAUUUUACAGCCCUGAUACCCGGAACAACGGUGGAGAUUUUACAUGGAGACUCUAAAAAUAUUAUUCAGCUGAUCAUCAAUGCGUACAGUAGCAUCCGGUCGAAGGUGGAGCUGUCCGUCUGGGAUCAGCCGGAAGAUCUUAACCUCUUCUUCACCGCCACCUGCCAAGACGGUGUGUCCUACCCCGACCAGAGGAAGUGUGAGGGCCUGAAGAUCGGAGACACGGCAUCCUUUGAAGUGUCGGUGGAGGCGCGGAGCUGCCCGGGCAAGCACGCAGAGCACACGUUCACCCUGCGGCCCGUGGGGUUCCGGGACAGCCUGGAGGUGGGGGUCACCUACAGCUGCAGCUGCGGCUGCAGCGCAGGGCAGGAGCCGGACAGCCCCCGCUGCAGCGGGAACGGGACCUACGUCUGCGGCCUGUGCGAGUGCAACCCCAGCUACCUGGGCAGCCGGUGCGAGUGCCAGGAGGGGGAGAACCCGAGCGGGCUGCAGAACCUGUGCCGCGAGGCGGAGGGCAAGCCGCUGUGCAGCGGCCGCGGGCAGUGCAGCUGCAGCCAGUGCUCCUGCUUCGAGAGCGAGUUCGGGCGGAUCUACGGGCCCUUCUGCGAGUGCGACAACUUCUCCUGUGCCCGGAACAGAGGCGUCCUCUGCUCAGGACACGGCGAAUGUCACUGCGGAGAAUGCAAGUGCCACGCAGGUUACGUCGGGGACAACUGCAACUGCUCGACAGACAUCAGCACGUGCCGGGGCAAGGAGGGCCGGAUCUGCAGCGACCGCGGGCACUGCGUCUGUGGGCAGUGCCAGUGCACGGAGCCCGGAGCCUUUGGGGAGACAUGUGAGAAGUGCCCAACCUGCCCAGAUGCUUGCAGCACCAAGAGGGAUUGUGUCGAGUGCCUGUUGCUUCACUCAGGGAGCCCAGCUGACAACCAGACCUGCCAAACCCUGUGCAAGGACGAGGUGGUCACAUGGGUGGACACCAUCGGGAAAGAUGACCAGGAGGCCGUGCUUUGCUUCUACAAAACCGCCCAGGAUUGUGUCAUGCUGUUCACCUACACGGAGCUGCCCAGCGGCAAAUCCAACCUGACGGUCCUCCGGGAGCCAGAGUGUGGUACGGCCCCCAACGUCACGACCAUCCUCCUGGCCGUGGUCGGCAGCAUCCUCCUGAUCGGGUUCGUGCUCCUGGGCAUCUGGAAGCUGCUUGUCACCAUCCACGACCGCAGAGAGUUUGCCAAGUUCCAGAGCGAGCGGUCCAGGGCCCGCUAUGAAAUGGCUUCAAACCCUCUGUACAGGAAGCCCAUCUCCACGCAUGCGGUGGACUUCACCUUCAACAAACUCAACAGAUCCUACAACGGCACCGUGGACUGA